AUUUUUCUUCUCAAAAUUAUUGUUAACGUAACCAAAAAGCUAGAACAAGAAACAUACAAGGGAAGAGAAGCAGAGGUCGCCAUGUAUAAAAUAAAGAAGCUUCCUUUGUCUUGUUACACUUACCAAAUUAUUGAUUGAAACCCUAACCCUAAUCUGAUUUCGCUCUUUCGCUCUCUCUCUGGGUUGCUUCAGAAAAAAGAACCCUAAUUUCCUAGUGGGCGAGUGAGAAAGAGCUAGAAAAACCCUAAAUUGAGCUUUGAAUUGUGGUGAUUACUGUAAAUUAUCGAUGAGAAGGAUUGCGAUUGGGGAGGAGUUAAAGAUCGAAGCUGGAGAGGCGUAGAUGCAUGUCGCGGGAGUGAGCUUGGAUCUGAAUUGGUUCCUUCAAUUCAUAUUUACUGCGUUUAUAAUAGCGUUUGGAUUGCUACACUUUGUGAAGAACACGGCCUCGAAGUACUUUGAGGUCGACGCCAACUUCGAAGGAGGAGACCACAGUGAUCGGACCCAAAUGCCGGGUGCUCUAAUGGAGGAUCCGGUUUGUGCCGUGUGUGGCAAUUCGGGUCCCAAGAAGUGCUCUCGCUGCAAAGCCGUUAGAUACUGCUCGCAAAAGUGCCAAGAAAAACAUUGGAAAUCAGGGCAUAAGACAGAAUGCAAAAACACGUUGAGUAAUUCUAGAUUUAAAACUUCAGGCGGUGGGGGUAAAACUUUCUCCGGACUCGCACUUGUUCCCGUUCGUGGAAUUUCUAAGCAUAUCAAGAAGCCGAAAGAGAUUCUUUUUCCCUAUGAUGAAUUUGUUCAACUUUUCAAUUGGGACAAGCUCAGAUUUCCUCCUUGUGGACUCUUAAAUUGCGGCAACAGUUGCUUUGCCAACGUGGUUCUACAGUGUCUUUCGUCCACUCGACCGCUUGUUGCCUACUUGUUAGUGAAGGGCCAUCGGAGAGAAUGCAUAUAUGAAGAUUGGUGCUUUCUUUGUGAAUUUCAAACCCAUCUUGAAAGAGCAAGCCAAAGUUCCCAGGCCUUUUCACCAACCAACAUUAUCUCUAGAUUACCAAAUAUUGGUGGUAAUCUUGUCCACGGGAGGCAGGAGGAUGCACAUGAACUCAUGAGGUUUGCCAUUGAUACAAUGCAGUCAGUCUGCCUUAGUGAGUUUGGUGGAGAGAAAGCUGUACAUCCUAGCACUCAAGAGACAACCAUUAUUCAACAUAUAUUUGGUGGCCUGCUACAAUCUCAGGUGAUUUGUACAAAAUGCAAGAAUAUAUCAAAUCGGUAUGAUAAUAUGAUGGAUUUAACUGUCGAAAUUCAUGGGGAUGCUUCAUCAUUGGAGGAAUGUCUAGACCAAUUCACCAUCAAGGAGUGUCUUGAUGGAGAAAAUAAGUAUAAAUGUGAUGGGUGCAAUGACUAUGUCAAGGCUUGCAAGCGCCUUACUGUUAAGCGCGCUCCAAACAUUCUCACAAUUGCCUUGAAAAGAUUUCAGAGUGGCCGGUUUGGGAAAAUUAACAAGAGAGUAACAUUUCCUGAAACUUUAGAUUUGAACCCCUACAUGAGUGAAACGGGAGAUGGUGCAAAUAUCUACAAGCUUUAUGCUGUUGUUGUACAUGUGGAUAUGCUAAAUGCUUCAUUUUUUGGACACUACAUCUGUUACACCAAGGACUUCGGUGGAAACUGGUAUAGAAUUGAUGACUGUAAGGUUGCGACUGUAAAUUUGGAAGAGGUGCUUUCCCAGGGGGCAUAUAUGCUAUUAUACAGCAGGGUUCAGCCACGAGCAUCUUGUCUAACCCUUGAACCUCCAAGGAAAACAGAGGAAAUGAUCGAUGUUGAAGUACAGCCAUGCCGUAAAGAACAAGUUGAAUGUUCCACUGUUGAGUCUGCAGAUUCUACAUGCCAUUCUGGGUCUGUACCAUCUGACACUAGUCUGCCUCCGCAGAUUUCCAGCUGUGUAGACUCAAGUGCUGUAAUCAUCCCUGAAGCAGUAAGAGAACGUUCUGAUAAUGCGGAUCUUAGCCUUAAAUCACCAUCAUCUGUUCCAAAAGAGGUUUGCAUAUUUCAAAAUAAUACGCUUAGUUCCCUGUCAAGUCCAUCUGUUUCAAGGGAGAGGGAGAUUUCUAGUUGCGAGAAGGUCCCUGCUGGUAAAUUGGAUUUAGAUACAGUAAGAGGAGAUCCAGUUGUUAUAGCUAUACCUAAUGGUGAGUCAUGUCGGCCUGUUUUGGAUGAUGUAUCAACACGCUGUGAGAAGGAUCUCUCUUCUUCAGGUGGUGAAUAUGUAAAUGGCAAUUCAGAAGACAUGGAUAUCGAUAAUUGCAAGUCAGGUUCAUUGGUUGCAGAGGACAUUGGAAUUUGCAGGAGCAAUGGGCCAACGUGUGCAGAUGGAAUCACUUCUCCAGUUGCACAUUCUGGUUUCCUGAAUGGGAAUGGAGUCUGUAGAGUAGAAAAAGUAGACAAAGGUUAAAUAAUCAAGGUGGACUUCGUAACACAUUAUUAUUUUGUCCAUAAUUUUUAAUGAUCCCCUCAUCACCAAAAGGAAAAGAUUGAGCUGGGAAUUUUGCCUGGGGUUUUCAUUAUUUACAGAAAUCUCAGAUUCUGCAUAACACUUUAGUUGGGAGAGUCACUGGUAAGGUGACUGAAUGUAAUCUGGUCAUAAUGAGUUGGAAGAGGAAUUCUUUGUAUCUGUACUUUGAAUUAAUGUUAUCUUCAUUGGAAAUAUGAAGUGUUUUUUUUUCUUCCUUGCCCAA